AUGACACCAGCACUGACACCAACACGCCAGCACUGACAAUAACGUGACACCAGCACCAGCACUGACACCAACAGUGACACCAGCACUGACACCAACAUUGACACCAGCACUGACACCAACAGUGACACCAGCAGUGACAACAGUGACACCAACACUGACACCAACACUGACACCAGCACUGACACCAACAUUGACACCAGCACUGAUACCAGCACUGACACCAGCACUGACAAUAACCGUGACACCAGCACUGACACCAACAGUGACACCAGCACUGACACCAACAUUGACACCAGCAGUGACACAAGCACUGACACCAACAGUGACACCAGCAGCGACACCAACACCGACACCAGCACUGACACCAACAGUGACACCAACAUUGACACCAGCAGUGACACCAACAGUGACACCAGCACAGACACCAGCAGUGACACCAACAGUGACACCAGCACAGACACCAGCAGUGACACCAACAGUGACACCAGCACUGACACCAACACUGACACCAACAUUGACACCAACAGUGACACCAGCACUGACACCAACAUUGACACCAGCACUGACACCAACAGUGACACCAACAGUGACAACAGUGACACCAACAUUGACACCAGCACUGACACCAACAUUGACACCAGCACUGACAAUAACCGUGACACCAGCACUGACACCAACAUUGACACCAACAGUGACACCAGCACUGACACCAACAUUGACACCAGCACUGACACCAACAGUGACACCAGCAGUGACAACAGUGACACCAACACUGACACCAACACUGACACCAGCACUGACACCAACAUUGACACCAGCACUGAUACCAGCACUGACACCAGCACUGACAAUAACCGUGACACCAGCACUGACACCAACAGUGACACAAGCACUGACACCAACAGUGACACAAGCACUGACACCAACAGUGACACCAGCACUGACACCAACAGUGACACCAGCAGUGACACCAACAGUGACACCAACAGUGACACAAGCACUGACACCAACAGUGACACCAACAGUGACACCAACAGUGACACAAGCACUGACACCAACAGUGACACAAGCACUGACACCAACAGUGACACCAGCAGUGACACCAACAGUGACACCAACAGUGACACCAACAGUGACACCAACAGUGACACAAGCACAGACACCAACAGUGACACCAACAGUGACACCAACAUUGACAUCAGCAGUGACACCAACAGUGACACAAGCACAGGCACCAACAGUGACACCAACAGUGACACCAACAGUGACACAAGCACUGACACCAACAGUGACACCAGCAGCGACACCAACACCGACACCAGCACUGACACCAACAGUGACACCAACAUUGACAUCAGCAGUGACACCAACAGUGACACCAGCACAGACACCAGCAGUGACACCAACAGUGACACCAGCACAGACACCAGCAGUGACACCAACAGUGACACCAGCACUGACACCAACACUGACACCAACACUGACACCAACAGUGACACCAGCACUGACACCAACAUUGACACCAGCACUGACACCAACAGUGACACCAACAGUGACAACAGUGACACCAACAUUGACACCAGCACUGACACCAACAUUGACACCAGCACUGACAAUAACCGUGACACCAGCACUGACACCAACAUUGACACCAACAGUGACACCAGCACUGACACCAACAUUGACACCAGCACUGACACCAACAGUGACACCAGCAGUGACAACAGUGACACCAACACUGACACCAACACUGACACCAGCACUGACACCAACAUUGACACCAGCACUGAUACCAGCACUGACACCAGCACUGACAAUAACCGUGACACCAGCACUGACACCAACAGUGACACCAGCACUGACACCAACAUUGACACCAGCAGUGACACAAGCACUGACACCAACAGUGACACCAGCAGCGACACCAACACCGACACCAGCACUGACACCAACAGUGACACCAACAUUGACAUCAGCAGUGACACCAACAGUGACACCAGCACAGACACCAGCAGUGACACCAACAGUGACACCAGCACAGACACCAGCAGUGACACCAACAGUGACACCAGCACUGACACCAACACUGACACCAACAUUGACACCAACAGUGACACCAGCACUGACACCAACAUUGACACCAGCACUGACACCAACAGUGACACCAACAGUGACAACAGUGACACCAACAUUGACACCAGCACUGACACCAACAUUGACACCAGCACUGACAAUAACCGUGACACCAGCACUGACACCAACAUUGACACCAACAGUGACACCAGCACUGACACCAACAUUGACACCAGCACUGACACCAACAGUGACACCAGCAGUGACAACAGUGACACCAACACUGACACCAACACUGACACCAGCACUGACACCAACAUUGACACCAGCACUGAUACCAGCACUGACACCAGCACUGACAAUAACCGUGACAACCAGCACUGACACCAACAUUGACACCAGCAGUGACACCAGCACUGACACCAACAGUGACACCAGCACUGACACCAACAUUGACACCAGCACUGACACCAGCACUGACACCAACAUUGACACCAGCACUGACACCAACAGUGACACUAGCACUGACACCAGCACUGACACCAACAUUGACACCAGCACUGACACCAGCACUGACACCAACAGUGACACCAGCACUGACACCAACAGUAAAACCAGCAGUGAGACCAACUGUGAUACCAGCAGUGACAGAAACAUUAACACCAGCAGUUACACCAACAGUGACACCAGCGGUUACACCAACCGUGGCACCAACCGUGACACCAGCAGUGACACCAGCAGUGAAACCAGCACUGACACCAACUGUGACACCAAUAGUGAAACCAGCAGUGACACCAGCCCUGACGCCAACAGUGAAACCAGCACUGACAACAGCGAUGACACCUUGUCAUGUGGUCUUGCAGUGA